AUGUCGACUACACAGGCAGGAGGUGUGUUCAUGUUUGGGAACCCAGCCAAGUAAAGACAGGCACCUAAUCAAAGUAGCCUAUUGCUCAACCCUUAUCUGUUAAUUGACCUACCUACAUUGUGUGCCUGUCCGUGUGCGUGUGGAACUAUUUCGACACAGAUAUAGAUAUUGAUCUAUGCAUCUUUGCACAGAUAGUUCGCUGGCAGCAUAGCCUUCUGUCUGCUUCCUUGUGACACAGUGACAGCAGUGACACUAACUGCCCUCCCUCUCUCUCCUCCUCUGCCCUCCAGGUGGUGUGAUACUGUAUGCUGGCUCAUCUGGUAGUGCCAGCCCCAGCCCUGGCAGCCCCUCCAGCGGGUACCAGACCCAGUCCCCCCGGUCCUCCCACUCCCAACCCUCAUCUCCUGAACCUGUCUCCUUCCCCGAGAUCGGCCCUCUGAAGAGAGAAAGAGGGGAGAACAGGGGAGGACCUUCACCCAAACUAGUCUUCCAGUUCCCUGAAGCCAAUGCCACUGCAACCACUACAUCGUCUGGCAAUACCUAUGCCCACCCUAUGGUGGCCAAGAGGCCCUGUAGCUUCACUGGCACCUUUACCAGUAAGUACCACUCCUACUGUCUUUCUGUCUUUCUGUUUUCUUAUUAUAUUUGUCUAUUAUAAUGUCUAACCAAUCAUUCCUCUCUUUGUGUACCUCACAGAGACAGGAGGCAUGGUGCUCCUGUGUAAGGUGUGCGGGGACAUCGCGUCUGGCUUCCAUUACGGUGUUCACGCCUGUGAAGGCUGCAAGGGUUUCUUCCGCCGCAGCAUCCAGCAGAACAUCCACUACAAGAUGUGUGUGAAGAAUGAGAGCUGCCUGAUCAUGCGCAUGAACCGCAACCGGUGCCAGCACUGCCGCUUCAAGAAGUGUCUCUCCGUGGGCAUGUCCAGAGAUGGUAAGAGAACAUUCCAUCUAUAUCUGGCGUCAUUCUCGUUCUUCAGUCACACCUCCUCAAUACCCCAUCCGUUCUCUCUCUCCUUCAUCUCUCCUUCUGUUCUUUCUUCCUCUCCUUCUCUAUCUCUGAUUGAUGACAGAAGCAGCUGGGGAGUCCCAGUAGUCAUCAGUCAUGGGAAAAACUGUUGCAAAUACGGUUUAUUUUAGUAAAUUAGGCCACAGGCCGCUUCAUUAUACCCUAUGUGGCAGGUUGAAAGUGUUUGCACAUCUAAAGUCUAAAACAUACAGGCAUUUAAUAUGCCAUGUUCUAAUACUGGUAAACUAUUCAGAUAUUAUUGGAGGAUAGUACAGUUGGUACAGUUAGAGGCCACCGUACCCUCCUGAGGUCUCUCUAAACUAGGUGAUAAUAAAUCAUCUACUUUUCUGGAGCAAACAUUUUGAGGUGACCUAUAAAAGGAAAACGCUAGCGAGGAGGAAAAUUACCCGCCAUUGCAGCAAUGCGCCAAUUACUGGAAAGGCUCUUAUUAUCACAGCAUAGGUGUUGCUUUUUCACUGUAAAUUGAUAUUUUUAUUGAUACCUUUGAUAUUUGAAGAUGUAAUGUAUGAAUACAAGGCAUUCAUUUAAAACUACAUUUUUGAUGUCACUCAUCUACCCCUUUUUCCCUUUUCAGCGUUUUACCCUUCACUCUCAAUCUCAUUCCCUUAAUCCCUAAUUCUCAUUCAAUCAUCCUCUCAUUUCCUUCACCCCUUUAAUCUUACCCUAUUACCCCCUCACCCUCUCACUCCUUCACCCUCUCAGUCCUUUACGUUUUCACUUUUCUCUACUUUGACAUCUCUCCUCCCUCACUCUGUCACUCGACCAAUGACAAUGUUUACUCCAGCUGACCCAGUAACCUAUUUUCAUAGAGAAAAUAACGAGUGCUUAACAGAAACACAGAGAGGAGCGAGAGAGCGAGAGUGAGCGAGGGGCGAGGUAGAAAGAGGAAGAGAGCGAUCAGGAUAGAUGGAGCAAGAGGGAAAGAGAUUGGGGGAAGGGGUGUAGCAUACAGUAGCAGACUAUAAAAAAAUAAAAAUAAUAAUAAUACAUGGAUUUUACAGAGGAUGUGCGCUAUAGAGAGGGGGAUGGGAGGUUUGGAGAGAUGACGAGGGGGAUGAAGGAGUCAAAUAGGAGAGGAAAGGGGGUGGUAUACCAUGUAAUUUCAUGGUUGAUUGAAACAGACUGGUUAUAUAGAGAGGAGAGAAAUCUCCCCCAGCUUUCUAUACCCUGUAGGAUUAGUCAGUAAUCGUGCCACACAGUGAUUGCACUCCCAAUCAGUGUCAGGGAGUAAAGGUUGAAUUAGAUAGAUAAGUAACUGGCCACUGCUAUACUAGCUCUAGUCACUGUCAUCGGCAUUAUCGAUUCAUUAGCAUUAACUUGUUUUCCCCUUGUCCUCCUUCUCCUCAGCUGUGCGUUUUGGGCGUAUCCCCAAGCGUGAGAAGCAGAGGCUAUUGGACGAGAUGCAGAGCUACAUGAACAGCCUCAACGAAUCAGCAUCCAUGGAGAUUGACUCCUCCCCUUCUUCCUCUGAGGCCCCAGCCAGUCCAGAAUCUGGAGAUUCCAUUUCCUCUGCCUACCACAACAUCUUCACCCAAGAGGAUGUGAAGCCAGUAAUCAAGAUGGCCGUCAACAACAACAACAACAAUGUCCGCAACAAUCCAGCACAUGAGUCUGGCUACUCACACCCGGCACACCAAACCCACUCCCAUUCCAACCGCUCUCAGGGGUACCAGUCACACCCCACACAAAGCUACCAGACACCCUCUCGCUGCCCACGCAACAACAAUGUUGACAACGCCCAGUAUACCUACCAACCAUCAUCCAAUCAGAGUCAAUGCCCAAUGUCCAAUGGCAGCCAGUCCGCUCAGACCUUCCAAGCCAAUCACAACAGCUUUCCAGCCGGCAAGUCUCAAAACCAGACCACCUGCCCCUGGAAGUUGAGUGGAGGUGCCAAAGUUCUGGUGAGUCUCUUUAAAAUACUAUGUAUUUCCAUAGUAUUACUAUAUAUACAAUACACACAUGACUGUAGGAGUGUCAUAGAGCCAUUCUAACCCUCUCCCUCUCUCUCAGGCAUGUCCCCUGAACGCAUGUCCCGUGGCCCCCCGUGACCGUUCCAGCCAGCAGAUCUGGGAGGCCUUCUCCCAGUGCUUCACCCCGGCCGUCAAGGAGGUGGUGGAGUUUGCCAAGAGCAUCCCCGGGUUCCAGAGUCUCAGCCAGCACGACCAGGUCAUGCUGCUUAAGGCCGGCACCUUCCAGGUGCUGAUGGUCAGGUUCUGCUCGCUGUUCGACCCCAAGGAGAAGACGGUGACCUUCUUGAACGGCCAGACAUACCCCCUGACAUCCCUUCGGGCGCUGGGCAUGGGCUCUCUGCUGGACACCAUGUUUGAGUUCAGUGAGAGGCUGGGAGCUCUAGGCCUGGAGCCCGAUGAGAUGGCCCUCUUCAUGGCUGUGGUGCUAGUGUCUGCCGGUAAGAGACUCAUAAGAGACACACACACACUGCACACACUAUAAAUCUCUUAAAGAAUCACAUAUGUUUUGUUUAGAUUUUUCGCAAUGCAUCUAACCCUCUCUCCUCUCGUCUCUCAGACCGUUCAGGUAUGGCUGACGUCGCUGCAGUGGAGCAGCUUCAGGAGACUCUGAUCAAAGCCCUGCGCUCACUCAUCACCCACCGUCGCCCUGACGACAGCGCCCUCUUCCCCAAGCUGCUGCUACGCCUCCCCGACCUGCGCACCCUCAACAACCUGCACUCCGACAAACUGCUGGCCUUCAGCAUCGACCUCUAA